AGUCGGAGUCGUGUAUUCGGGCCAAUAGUAAUCGUGCGGUGCCUUUGAGAACACGGUACGAUCUCUCGCCAAUCUUGGUUCCCGUGGUGCGUUCACACACGUCACAUCGGAAAACGAGAAGGGCGAAACGGACGAAGAAAAGGAACCUGAACGACGACGUAAAAUUAGGUCGUAACGUCACGUCCAUCGGUGAAGGCAGGGAAACAAAUCGGUGACGAGUUACCCGUCGGAGUUGUUGCGAAGGGACCGAGGAAUAGGGGACACGCAGGUCCGGACUAGUUAUCUUCAGCGCCUCGUAGUCGUCCGCCCGCGUCUCCGUUUCUGUGCUGACCGUGUUCGAAAGCCGCGGCGAAGCUGCAACUCUUUUUUGGUACCAGGAUUCCGCAGCGGGAGCCGCGCAAGACGAGCAUCAUCAACAACAGAGCAGCGGCCAAGGGACAAAGCGGAGAGACAGAGGAAGCAGGAUCGAAGGGAAGAAUCAGAGAGGUAGAUCCACCGCAACGGUGGAGAGGAUCGUCCGCGUCGAAGACGUCCGAUCAGGUCGUUCGAAGCGGGUGUAGGGUUUUCGUCAUCGUGGGCGAGGAACAGCCAGCAGGGACGUCGCCAUGCCGGCAGGUAUUGGCGCUUCGUACAGGUCGUUAGGCGACCUGGGCGAAGACGUGUACAAAAGCACGACGAUCGUCGACCAAACGCAGACCACCGGGCAAAGCGUCCUCGAGAGCGUCAAGAAGGCUUUCAGUUUUGCCUCGCCCAAGGUCGAGCUCAGGAAAAAGGACCCGCUGAUCGAGGACCGCCGUGAGAGCGUCUCGAUCGUCUCAAGGGAAAGAAACAGGAUGCCGACCGCCGCCACACCCGAGAAAUCAGCUCUUUUGGGCACGAUGCCCUCAGAUAGUAUGGAUGACAUCGAACUGAAAAAUAUUCAGCUCCAAUUUCCUCCGCUAAGAUGUCUAUCGAGAGACGACAGCUCCGUACGAGAGGAGAGGGUGGAAACCGACAAAGGAAGUUUGCUGGUGGCCGUUCAAGGAAAUCGAGCGAAACCUGCCAUUCUUACGUACCACGACUUAGGCCUUAACUAUGUAUCGAGCUUCCAGGCGUUCUUCAAUUACAUCGACAUGCGAGUUUUACUCGAAAACUUCUGCGUUUAUCACGUAAACGCACCGGGUCAAGAGGAAGGUGCACCAACGCUGCCUGAGGACUACGUCUAUCCGUCCAUGGAUGAGCUGGCGGAACAGCUGCUCUUUGUGUUGGGUCAUUUUGGUCUGAAAUCCGUAAUCGGUUUCGGAGUCGGCGCCGGGGCCAAUAUACUAGCGAGAUUCACACUUGCUCAUCCUGAGAAGGUCAAUGCCCUAUGCUUGAUAAACUGUGUAUCGACGCAAGCAGGCUGGAUCGAAUGGGGCUAUCAGAAACUGAACGUUCGCCAUCUAAGAUCGCAGGGCAUGACUCAAGGUGUACUGGACUAUUUAAUGUGGCAUCACUUUGGCAGGGGUACAGAGGAGAGGAAUCACGAUCUCGUUCAAGUUUACAAGAAUUACUUCGAGCGACGUGUAAAUCCUACGAAUUUAGCGUUAUUCAUUGAUAGUUACGUCCGACGCACGGAUCUAAACAUCACGAGGGAAUUAGAUCCGUCCCGGAAGAAGGAAGGCCUCACGCUCGGCGUACCUGUGAUGAAUAUCACGGGAGCCUUGAGUCCGCACGUAGACGAUACGGUGACGUUAAAUGGACGAUUAGAUCCGACGAACAGCUCUUGGAUGAAGAUAUCUGAUUGCGGAAUGGUACUAGAGGAACAACCAGGCAAAGUAAGCGAGGCCUUCCGACUAUUUCUUCAGGGCGAAGGAUAUGUGGUGAGAUCCCCGCGGAAGCCCGUGACGCCGACAAUACCCGAAGUGGCACCGCUAUCACCGUUGAAAAUGGCUGACUACAGACUGGCUUCCCUCGAGGGACUCAACCAUGUUUGCAGUAAGAAAAUCGACUGGCCCACCGCUACCAUACACAUCACAGAGAAUCCCAUAUCGGAAGCGGUCGUUUGUUAAAUCGUUCUUAUCAAAUAUCACAAUUACCCACUGGUUGUUCUCGGACGAUAAUGCACGAAAAGAAUUCGAAAAGAAACGAAGAGAUAAAUGAAAGAAAUGGCAACACACGCAUGGAGUCAGACAUCGAUUCCAUCGAAUGUGUCGUUGGGGCGACGAUCGACGUGGCUCCAAUUUCUAAUUUUCGUUUAACAAAUUAAUAUUUAAUGUAUUCUUUGUAGUUUUAAGAAUAUUUUUAAUUGGUUUGUUUUAAGUUUGUUCCCCACUUUUUAUUUAUGGUGACUAUUAACAUAUAUAUAUAUAAAUAAUAUCCUUUCUACGGUGAAAGAUAUUUCCUAGCAACUAUAUUGCACGGUUUUCUUUACUUUAUAGUUUAUCCUCGAGAUAUUCAGAAGUAGUUGAUAAUACUUGUUUUAAAUGUAAACAGUGUUUUAUCGAUUGGAGCUAGGAUCGACGAUACUGCACGUUCAAUUUAAUUAUUAUCAUUCACUUUUAAACGUUCACUACAAUUCGAAAUUGAAACGCGGGUUUUAAAAUUGAAUACAACUUUUACGAACAACUCAACGAUUUUUACUCUGCUAUUAUAUACAAAGAUCUUUAUUCAAUGGAACAAUGUGUUGUUUGUUUUAAACUUCGACGAAAUAUUUGUACCACCGUUAACCGACGAUCGUUUUAUUACGUGCGAUUAUAAAUUGUAUUUCAAAUUCGCAAAUACGAUUAUCGUACAACGUCACGAACAACGAAAGAUCAUAAUUUUGACCGCCACUUUUACAGAGAAUACCAGGUUAAAAGAAAAGAAAAAGAUUAGGAUAUUCAUCGAAACAGGCGUUAAAUACUUAAAUCUGUUUUUGAGUAUACAUAUACGAAUCGUUAAUUACGAUGUGAUCACGAUGAUGAUCGAAACAGUUCGAUCGAUGAUUCUAAACUAAGGUAAAAUAUGUCCGGGAGAAAUGUCGUCGCAUAAAAGACGGACGUGUAUGGUAGCAACGCUUCAUAGAUGAAGCGCGCACUAUUGCUUUACGUGUUCAUAAGGAGUGGCGAAAAACAACUAGUAGGUGCAGGAUUAAAUAAGUCAAAUUCGUGGAAAAAGCAUCGCGCACAUUUCAACAGAUUUAUUCGUGAUCAUUCGUGUAGAUCAACGACGGAUAACAAAAAGGCGUGAUAUGUCUUGUGUUAACUUUAAAUCCGCUCGGCCGCACCUACUACGAGUUUUCUUGUAUCGCGAGUAAAAAUCGUCGAGUCUCGUAAUCGCUUGUGCGCAUUCUUAUCAAAUUCAGUGUACCGACCUUGUUACUCGCGAUACAUCAUAAAUCGAUGCUCGAUCGAUACGGCUACGAACAGAAUCGGAUAUGCUAAGAUCACGAUUACUAGAGAAUGUCUAGAGAAGAUGAAAGACGAGGUAGGAAGAAAGGUAGGUAUUGGAGCCGGUAAAACGCAUUUAAGUAUCUUCGGUGACUUCGCUUGUUCAUUAUCCAUGGACACUUUCAAAAUGGUGGAAUGAAAGAGAAAAGAGAAGCCUAAAAGCAACCGGCCGCAACGAGCGGUCGUCCGUGUUCUCUCGAUAAGAAAAUUCUCGUAGGCCUGCACGUGUGAUAUGUGCUUCGUAUUAUAAUGUAGGGAACUCGUUCGAAGACAUUCGCGCGCGUUAAACGUACUCGAACAAACGAAUCCCGUGAAAUAAUAAAAGAAAAACGUCCCUUGCCCAGUGAACGGAAGGGACGUUCGUUCAUUCGUUUGCGCUCGCGCACCGUUCGCACCCUAUCCUUAGUUCGAGGCGUUUAGAGAUACAUAAUUAGACGAAGAGAUACAUGCGUGAAUGUAAGAGGGACAGAGAAAAAAUGGGGACGAAUGUGUGAAAGCAUGCGUCCGCGUGAGUUACGUAGGAACGAGGAUACGUAAGUAGAUAGUCGUUAAGAAAGAAAUAAAGAACGGGGGAAAAAACAAAAAAAGAGGAGUACCUGGUUAGGCACCAUAGUACGGUUCUACCAGGCUUUUUUGAAGCCUUUAGCGUAACAUGAUAAGACGUGCCUGCUACAUGAUGUCGUACGUAGCUUUUCGGAAGUUCAAUGCCUUUAGUUUUCUAUUACGGCUCCCAUACGUCCCGGAUUUCCCCAAGUUUCGCGAGUCCUGUUAGAACGAACCUGCAAUACGCUACCAUUUAUGGUAAUAAUCGCCACCGAAAAUUUCACUUAACUCACCCUGGAGCAACGGACGCUCGGAAUUUCUUACAUAUCUUUGUAUGUAUUCUCAAACGAAUGAAAUUUAUGUCCGAUCUUUCGACCAGUCUUUUUGAUAAGUUGUAUAAAAUCUCUGCGUACGUACAAAAUUACAACAGGUACAAAUUUUUUUUAAAACUUUCUUUAAAAUUUUGUAUACCUUGGUAAAAUUAUGGCAAUAUAGUACGGCACUUACGACCAUUAAUGGCGUGUACUGUGCAUGUCGAGAGGAUUACUUGAGGAACAGGAAAAAAAUACGGGGACGGUAUUUUACUCGGAAAUUCGAAAACUGGGGAGAGAUACGCGAAAACAUGAUGAAAGUCGAAACAGAAGACGUAUCGAAGGACGAGAGGUUUGGUCGUUUCAUGUAAAAGAGAGUUUAUAAAAAAAGAGCGAAUAUAUAUAUAUAUACAUAUAUAUAUAUAUAGAUGUAUAACUAUGACGCGUUAUUUAGGUCGGCGAAUUGAAAACAGAUUUGUAGACGACAGCUUAGUAUUAGUACCUUGAGACUCGAUUCUUUGAUAGGAUUGAGGAAGAAAUGCACGCAUUAAUCAUUGCUAAAAAUGCGAGCGUUGUAAGAGUAAAUGUAGCUUCUAAGGACCAGCGACACACGUUAACGUUAAUCCCUUCGUUUCCACGUUGCUCUUGGAACUGGAAUGUAGAAACAUCGAAGAACGAAAUACAGCCCGAGUAUUCAAAUCCUACAACGUUAGCUCGUUAAUUGUAUUUGAUUGAACAUAUCGUGGAUAAAUGUGAUACCACUGCAUCGUACAAUUGUUCAGCGAGGUCUACUCGUAAACUUUUAACUUUCAUUGAAGAUGUUCACGAGACGCAUAUCAUUAGUACGAAUUAAUUUACAAAUUAUAUUUAUUGAGGGCAAUGGAAGAAGGAGAAAGAAAAUGAAUUAUCGAUAAUUCAGAAGUUAUAUCGCAUUUGUAUUUGAAUUGAAAAUACUAAUGGUGAUUGAACGUCUGUGACGCUCGGGAUGCGGACUGCGGAACUGAUGUCGCUGUUGGUUACGAAGGGCUUAAAGGAAUUUCAUUUGCACACGAUCAGUCACGAGAAUCAGUAUCAAAACGUCAUUACAAACCCGUCGGAGGGUAACAAUCUUUUGGUUUGAGGUGCUAAGUGGAGUAUUUCGUCUCCAAAAUUCCUCGCGCCGCGCCAUCGAAUAAAUUGUAGUGGAAAAAUAUAUUAUUGACAACUCAAAGUAAGACAAGGUAUAGUACAGUAAACAAAAUAAACUUAUAAUUAGACGGAGCUUGAAUACAUAUAUAAAUACAGAUUAAAUAACACGUGCGCACCGAAUAUACAUCUUGUUAUUUAUAAUAAACGAAUAUGAAAAGCA